GGUGGGGACGGAGUGCCCUUUUAGUCAAAGAAAGACGGGGUGGUCGCGUCUGAACAUGGGCAGGGUGGAUUGUAUGUUGUGUCCAUUCAUUUAACCAGUUUAGUCUUUACAAUGCCUGCAAUUCAAAGCUUAACGAUAACUUACGACGCGCUGAACGAGUAUGGCACGUUUUCGGAGGGAGACACGCUCACUGGGAAAGUAACACUGGCCUUGUAUAAAGAGACCUCCGUGGAGAGCCUGUUUGUGAAAGCCAAAGGAGACGCCAACGUCCGUUGGACGAAAAAGAGUGGCGAUCACACCCAUACAUACCAGGCACACACGAGAUAUUUUAAGCUGAAACAGUUUUUGAUCCCGGAGGACUCUAGGGAAACUGUAGUUCCCCAAGGAAUCCAUAUCUACAACUUCAGCUUAGACAUACCACCAGGAAGCAUGCCUUCAUCCUUCAAGGGACAUCAUGGAAAGAUUGUCUACAAGUUGGAAGCCAAGUUGUCCAGGAGUUGGAAGAUGGACCGAACAGUAGAAAAGGACAUACAUUUUGUCUCCAAGUCCUAUCCGAACCUUGUUUCUCUGAUGUCGCGCCAGGUUGGUUCAACAAAGAAAGAGAUGGGACUUUUCUCAAAAGGACAUGUACAUAUGGAUGUCAUCGUUGACAAGAGUGCCUAUGCCCCAGGUGAAACUAUGGCGAUUGUUGCAAAAAUCAACAAUUCCUCAUCCAAGGACAUGAUACCAAAAUUCAGUUUAAUCCAGGAUGUGGUGUACCGUGCCAAAAGCAGUACCAAACAUGCGAGCAGCGUUAUCCACAAAGUGGUUGACAACUGUAUUAAGCCCCGAACAGAGAGGGAUGUCAGGUGCGAAAUACAGAUUCCUCGUGUUCAGAUGCCAACGAUCCAGAAUUGUGACAUAAUCUCAGUGGAGUACCAUCUAAUGGCGUAUCUGGACAUCAGCUUCGCUUUCGAUCCAGAGAUAAAGUUCCCUGUGGUCAUUAUUCCUCCAGACCUCGCUCGUGGCUUUCAGCCUAGUGUUGCUGGGGGCCCCUAUCAUGCUGGGGCUGCUGGGGGCCCAAGCAACACAGGCUUCCCUCCCCCUGCGGCGUCCAUGGAUCCCUAUCCAUCGAAGGCUAUUGGGGGUCCAGGCAACAAUAGCUUCCCUCCCCCUGCUGUGUUUAUGGGUCCUUAUCCUGUAUCCCCACACUCAGGCAACUAUGGAUACCCAGGAGCCCAAAGGUAUUCAGCACCACCAGCUGUGUACCCUGCUCACCCGCCACACAUGAGUGGGGGCUACAAUAACCCAGUGCCACAACUGGCCUCCCCUUAUCAAUCUCCAUUUUCAUCUUCAUCGUCGUCUUCUGUGCUUCACCCUCCGCCUACUGUCCCAACAUUUCAACCACCCCCAUCUGCCCCAUCCCAUUGUCCUCCACCCUUUAGCAUAUCCCCAACUGCUCCUGCAUACAACCUGCUGUCUUCUGCACCAAUGAUGGACACAGACUUUCUGUCUCAAUCGAAUGAAGCUCCUCCAGCAUAUUCACUCCUUUUCCCGUCUUCUGCUACUGACAAAUCUGAUGCAAAAUAAUAGAAGGUAUGCUUAAUGACUGAAUCAGUUUCAUUGUGAUGUGAAAUACUAAUACGUAUCUAAAUGUAAAAUCUGAUCACCUAGAUCAUGUUUUGUGUUUUACAUUUUGAAGUGUGAAUUUGAAACUAAAAAGGCACUCUGUGCGAUAUUUACUGUUUGCAUGCAAACAAUUAUAUAGGAUUUAUGCAUUAUAUGGGAACGUUGUUUUCCUGUCAGUUCUUGUUGCUAAUUAGCUCUGUCCGGCUGCUCAAACCUCAGCCAUCCGGAUACCCUGUGUAUGUACACGUGCCUUGUUCAACUCAAAGAGUCCUUGACUGAACAUUUUUUCAACGUUAUAUAGUCUAUACCUGUUCUCUCUACCUCACUGUGGCUAGUUGAAAGAAACUGGACAAGUACUAUAUCAAAAAAUCUUUUCAUAUGUUUAUUUUAUAAAACGAUCAACUAACAAAAUAUGCAUUUUCUCUAUAUUUCCCAGUCUGCUAAAUUUAACACCAGACAACUACUUCUGUCUAUUUAAUUUACACGAUACUUAGCAAACCAGAUUUUUUUUUAUACUUGCCAACUGCCAGUGUUUUCUCUGACUUGUAGAUGUGAAUAAAGAAUUGCAAG